AAUCUUAAAUUUCGAGGUGGGUGUCGACCCAGAGACUUAUCCAAAAUUUGAGUGCUCUUACUGAGUCAAAUUUAACAAAUAAGACAGUGUGGCUUGUCUAUAUCUCCAUGUAAAUUAUUCCACAGGUCGUUGCUUGCCGUCUCUGUUACAAAAGACUUGACUACAAUCCAAACGCGCGCGCGUAGUCUUCUCGUCCCAUUUCAAGCUCUCCCACUCUCCAAAAGCUUGCCGUGCGCUCUAGUUCUUAGACCCCUUCGCGUUUUGGGUUGGUUGAUUGUAAAAUGAAGGAUCAGUGGAGGUUCAAUCGGUUUAGAGACCCUUUGGGGGUUGUGGGUGUGGUGGUUGUGUGGUUGCUGUUUCAGAAUCUGAGCUUGUGUUGGUCUUUGAAUGAUGAAGGUUUGGCGCUUUUGAGGUUUAGAGAGAGAGUAGUGAGUGACCCAUUUGGUGCUUUGUCGAACUGGAAUGAUGAAGAUGGAGAGAUUGACCCUUGCUCUUGGUUUGGGGUUGAAUGCUCAGAGGGAAAAGUUGUGGUCUUGAACUUGAAAGAUCUUUGUCUUGGAGGAACGUUAUCACCUGAGCUCAGAAACCUUGUUCAUAUAAAGUCUAUUAUUUUGCGCAACAACUCCUUUAUGGGGAUAAUUCCUGGAGGGAUCGGAGAGUUGAAGGAACUGGAGGUGUUAGACUUGGGAUAUAAUAACUUCAGUGGAACACUUCCAGUAGACCUUGACAGUAAUUUUUCAUUGAGAAUCCUGCUACUAGAUAACAACAGGCUCCUUAGUAUCUUAGCUCCUGAGAUUUAUGCACUGGAGAUGCUUUCCCAAUAUCAAGUCGACGAAAACCAACUUUCUGGUGCAACCAGAGAAUCAUCGUGCAAAGAAAGAACCAUUUCAAGGAACCUUGCUAAUACUGAACACUCCUACCAUGGAAGACAGCUGGUGGAAGUAAAUCGUCCUAGCUUGAAUCCUCCCAAGAAAUAUACUCCUAGAUCUGCACCUGCAUCUUCACCUUCACCUUCACCUUCACCUUCUGUUCCGCCCCCACCAACCACACCUGCUUCUCCACCUUCAGUUUCCUCUCCUGAGCCUUCCCCCCAAGAAAGUCCCCCAAAGGAAAGUUCCAGUCAUCGUGUUGCAAUAAUGGCUGGAGCCAUAGGCGGUGGUGGUUCUCUUGUAAUUUUAGUUGUUGGGUUGUAUUUCUAUGGACGCAACAAGGUAGCUACUGUCAAACCUUGGGCCACAGGAUUAAGCGGGCAGCUUCAGAAAGCCUUUGUAACUGGUAUUGCUUCUUUCGUAAUGGAGAAAAUUGAUCUCUGUGUACCAAAUCUUAAGAGAUCGGAGAUUCAAGCGGCUUGUGAAGAUUUCAGUAAUGUUAUAGGUACUUCUUCACCGAUGGGUACAGUGUACAAAGGAACAUUAUCCAGUGGUGUCGAAAUUGCUGUGGCUUCUCUCGCAGCAACAUCUGCCAGUGGUUGGGGCAACAAUUUAGAGUUGCAGUUUAGGAAGAAGAUCGACACAUUAUCGAAAGUGAACCACAAGAAUUUUGUCAGCCUUAUUGGAUAUUGCGAGGAAGAAGAGCCUUUCACUAGAAUGAUGGUUUUUGAAUAUGCUCCCAAUGGCACACUUUUCGAGCAUUUACACAUAAAAGAAGCUGAGCACCUGGACUGGAGAAUGCGAAUGAGAAUCUCAAUGGGAAUGGCCUACUGCCUUGAGCAUAUGCACCAGCUGAAGCCACCUAUAGCUCACAACAACUUGACUUCUUCAGCUGUCCAGCUAACCGAGGAUUAUGCACCGAAGGUCUCAGAAGUCACUUUCUGGAAUGAGAUAGCUGAAGCCGAGAAACAAUCAUCUGGCUCAAGACUUUCUGAUGCACAAUCAACAAGCCUGGAAAGUAAUGUGUACAGUUUUGGUGUAAUUUUGUUUGAAAUCGUGACAGGUAGACUCCCUUAUUCAGUAGACAAUGGCUCACUUGAAGACUGGGCUUCUGACUAUUUGAGAGGGGAGCAUCCCUUCAAGGGAAUGGUUGAUCCAACUCUAGAAUCUUUCCAAGAGGAGCAGCUGGAGCGAAUUGGAGAAGUAAUAAGAAUUUGUGUCCAUCCUGACCCGAGACAAAGACCGCCAAUGAGAGACGUCACUGCAAGGCUGAGAGAGAUAACUGGACUUACACCUGAUGCAGUAUCCCCGAAACUCUCCACUCUUUGGUGGGCAGAGCUUGAACUUAUGUCUGCAGAUGCAAGCUAGAAGCUUAAGAGCAGAUUGUAGGUAUGAAUUCUACUUGUAUAUAACUGAGAGAGUGGCAAAUCUAGUUAAUCUGUACCCUUAAUGUUUCUUGUUCAACUGUAAAAUGUAAAAAAAACAAAAAAAAAGAACCGAAAAUCACAGCUUGUGGAAUAGUAUAUUUGUUCAUUCAACUAUGAUGAACUUUCUUCAAUGGCAGAGCACCUUUAUUGA